AUGGCAGGAGCGCAGGACUCGGCACCACGAGGACAGCUUUCCAAAGACAAUGACAACUCCCGUCACCGCCAACAAGGUCCUCGCGUUGCGGACCAUGGCCAAUCGCUCGCGCAGUGGCGCGACUUCAUGUCGCGCUGCAUAUCCUCGCGCCUCGACCCGGAGACGUUCGACUCGUAUGUGGUGCUGCUGCAGUCCAAGCACCCUCUGCCGAUCCCGGCCAUAGCCGACAUCUGUCUGCGCCCACAGGCGUCGAACCACGAGAGCCUCGAUCCGAGAAUACCGCGAUACGUGCAGGUGCUCGUGCAGCGCGGGCUCAUCAACACGCCCUCGAUCCUCACGGCGCUGUACAAGUACUCGAGCUCCCAGGCGCUGGCGGACCAGCAGCAGCAGCAGCAGCAGAACAAUGCCGGACAGGAUAAUCUGGGUGCCUCGAACGGUGCUGGAGGAGGAGGACAGAAGCAACAGCAGCAACAGAAGCUGCUCUGGCGUAGCUCGUACGCCGCCGAGGAGGUCAUCUUCUACCGGCUCACCAAGGCUGUCGGGCUCGGGUCUGGGAUCAAGAAUGCCGGUGAUGCAAUCCAGGUGUGUGGCAUCAUGGCGCGGUGGAUGACGCUGUUCACGUCGGCGUCGUCGGCAUUUGCGCAGCAGGACCUCAUGAUGGCUGGGACGGGCAUGGGCGGGGCAGGUGCUCAGGUGCUCCUGACUGCGCAGUCGCGCGACGAGAUGGAGGCCGCGCGCGCCGCUUUUGUCAUGCUGUUGCUCAGCGUGUGCGAGAACCCGACUGUGUUGAACGCACUGGCGCAGCCUUAUGCGAAGGAUGUGCGCAAAGCGCUCUCGGCAAGCUUUGCGACGUUCGUCCCGUCGAUUCUGCAGAGUGCCUCGCAGAUUGCGGGCCGGCUGGAGCAGUUCCGAACCGAGACUCUGGCCUCGUUUGACCCGGUGGAGAAGGACAAGGACAUAGUAAAGUCGGACAUGGACGAGUUGCUCGACUCGACGAUUGGACUUGAGAGUUUCGUGGUGCCGGACAUGCCGGUGAUGAACUCUCGCGCGGGCCUAUAUGUUUACCUUAAUGCGGCUCUUGUUGGUCGACCACUCUUGGACGACCACACCUUUCUUAGUUACUUGCAUAACAGAUACCAGGGGGACAUUCAAGCGACGGCGAUAGAUUUGAUUUUAGCAUCUUUUGACAUUCUAGCCAACGCCGUAUUUCGGCGCGAGACACACAAGACCGGUUACCUCCUCCGGUCAUAUCUCAUCAACAAGGUCCCUUUGCUCCUCGCCAACCUCGCCACAUCGAUGUUCCCCCCUCUCACGCCACAGUUCUGCAUAGCAGAAGCCAUGAAUCAAGUGGACACGAACGCGUUCCCCUCCAUGUCGGAAAUGUUUGACCUGUCCAACGACAACCGGGACUCUGUGACGGAGAACGUCCGCGCUGAUUUCUGCUUUGCGUGCUGUUUGCACGGUCUCAUCUCAGAAGACAGCAUCAACUCGUUGAUUGGCGACAUGCAUUACCAGACGUUACCUGCCGGGGGCCGGUACGUCAAGGAGGCUUUAGUGGCCGAGUGCAUGACGGACCCCGAGAGGGUGCAGAAACUGAUAGGUGAGAUGGAGAACUACGAUGGCAACGUCGGCGCUGCGUGCCAGGCCGUGACUGAGGUUAUCGGUCGUCUUUGCAACGAGAAAGAAACAAUGACUCUCAAGAAUAUUUGCGGACAACUGGCGAAGAAGCCCCUCUCUAUGGACGUCAUGCUGCUCUUCGACAAGCCUGCAACGUUUCUGCACCCACUCUGCGAGCUCCUAGAUAACUGGCACUACGACGAGGACCAGGGCGAGUACCAGCCCGUGUACGAGGAAUUUGGAUCGAUCCUUCUGCUCGUCCUGGCGUUUGCCUACCGAUACAACCUCACGGCUGCAGAUCUUGGUAUUCAGGCACCACAGUCUUUCGUGGCCAAUCUGCUCAAUAAGGGCCAGUGGCAUAGAAGCCUCGACGAGUUGAGUGAGCAGGAGAAAGGGCAUCUUGGUGGGUGGAUCCAAGGACUCUUCGAUAACGAAGCUGGCGGCCUCGGCGACGAGCUCAUGUCGAGUUGUCCGCCCCAAGACUUCUACAUGCUCGUCCCUAGUCUCUUCCACAACAUGGUGCUCGCCUUCAGCGUGGGCUACCUGCAGGAGGAGAGCCUCAAGACUGGCAUGGAGUACCUGGUCGAUACUUUCCUCCUGCCCUGUCUCGUCAUGGCGAUCAACUACAUGGCCACACAACUCUGGAACGACCGUAAGGACGAGCGCAAGGCCGCAAUCCGGAUCCUCCAGCUCAUCCUCCUCACCAAGCAUGGUUCCAACGAGGCCCAGACCAUGCUCUCUGCCGUCCUCAACGUGGUCGCCAAGCCACUCGAGAACGCUCUGCGCUUGUAUCAGAGGCAAGACCCGCAGAGCCAGGAAGUCGACCCUCUGCUCAAUGCGAUCAAGGAGAACAUCCGGCUGUCCCGCCGCACCGCGGGCGCCGGGCACAACGACCUCGAGUCCUGGGCGAGCACGCCCGGUGGCGGCCUCGCCGCCGCAGUGCGCCACACCAUCCAGGCGCUCGUCCAGUGGGCCACGCAUCCUGGCCCGAACAUCGCACCCACGUCCUACACGCACCGCCAGAUGCUCGCGGCGAGCCGCAUGCUCGGAGCAAAGAGGCUGUUAUACAUCAUCCUGGACGAGGUAAAACAGCAGACCGAGACAGCCAUGGCUACCGCCGCCAACAAUGCCAACAGCACGGACGCAAACAACACCGCGGCCACCACGAGCGCGAGCGUGGUCCACGACGUCGCCCUCGCCCUCAUCUGCGCGCCCGAUGUAUCCAACGUGCCCCCGCCAACGAUGAUGGCCAUCCUCGCCGCGCACCCCAGCGAGCCGUCAGGCCAGCAGCAGCAGCAGCAGCAACAACAACAACCGCAAUAUCCGAUCCCGCCACAGACGUCGCUCUCCCUGCGCGCCGUCCUGAAGGCAGAAGCCGAGGACUUCAAGACCAUCCAGAAGACCGACGCCCUCCUCGCCGACAUCAUCGUGCGCCUGUACCGCCGGGUCGAGGCGCAGCUCCACGUGCCCGAGCCCGUCGCCAACGCCAUGGCAGCCGCCGAGGCCGAGGCCGCCGCGGUCAACGAGAUGCUCGAUGCCGCGGCGGCCGCGGAGCUCUCGACCCUGGGCCUGCCGGGUGCAGAUGGAGGCGGCGGCGGUGGUGGUGUAGACGGGGAUGACGCUACUGCCGCCGCAGCUGAUGCAUUCGGUGUUGCCGGGGCUGGAAACGCCGGACAGGACCAGGGAGCAGGGGCCGCGGGCGGGCUGGAUAAUGCUUUCGACGGGCUCGGCGAUCUCGGGGACGCCGGUGAUCUCGGCGGGCUGGGCGGGCUGGAUGGUCUAGAUGGCACCGGCGUCGGAGGUGGCGGAGCUGGAGGUGGCGGGAUGGACCUUGGCGGAACGGAUGAUGACAUCUUUAGCGGGCUCGAGGGCGUUGGGAGCAGUGCUGAUUUGCUACAGGGCUGGGAUGGCAUGGACUUCUCCUGA